CGCUCGCCGGCCGGCCGUGGGGGCUGGUGACGCGGGCCGGCGUUCACGAGAGGUCCCGGAGGCGGGGCUCUGCCCGCUGCCCAGAGAGCGGCAGGACAGAAUGCUUUGACCUCCAGGCUGUUUUAAAUCUGGUAGAUAAGCCAGAUACUGUCCCAUAAGCCCUUGGCCCACAUCUAAGUGGGAAUGCAGCUAUCUUGGAUGUCUGGAACUUUUUAGGCACCAGUCUCUGAAGUCCUAGUUGCUGGCCUAAGGACUAGACUACUGGGGUGGUUCACGAGCUGGUCAUCUGUGCAGAAGAGCCACACAGCAAAAAUGUUUGCAAAACUAAAGAAGAAAAUUGCAGAAGAGACUGCUGUGGCCCAGAGGCCAGGAGGUGCUACUAGGAUCCCACGGUCGGUGAGCAAGGAAUCGGUUGCCUCUAUGGGAGCUGACUCAGGAGAUGACUUUGCUUCCGAUGGAAGCAGCUCCAGAGAAGAUCUUUCAUCCCAGCUUUUGAGAAGGAAUGAACAGAUACGGAAAUUAGAAGUCAGACUUUCUGACUAUGCUGAACAGGUCCGAAACUUGCAGAAGAUAAAAGAGAAGCUUGAAAUUGCAUUAGAAAAACACCAGGAUUCUUCCAUGCGGAAAUUUCAAGAGCAGAAUGAGACAUUCCAAGCCAACAGAGCCAAAAUGGCAGAAGGACUGGCUUUGGCAUUAGCCAGAAAGGACCAGGAAUGGUCAGAAAAAAUGGAUCAGCUUGAAAAGGAGAAAAGGUUUCUGACAGCUCAGUUACAGGAAAUGAAGAACCAGAGUUUGAAUCUUUUCCAAAGGAGGGAUGAAAUGGAUGAAUUAGAGGGGUUCCAGCAACAGGAACUAAGUAAAGUAAAGCACAUGCUUUUAAAAAAAGAAGAAAGUCUGGGGAAAAUGGAGCAAGAGUUGGAGGCACGAACCAGAGAACUUAGUCACACCCGGGAGGAGUUGAUGACCUCCAGUCAGAUGUCAUCAGACUUGAGCCAGAAGCUAGAAGAAUUGCAGAGACACUGCUCAGCGCUGGAAGAGCAGAGAGAUCAUGUGACAGCUUCAAAAACAGGUGCAGAAAAUAAGGUCUCAGCCCUGGAGCAAAAGGAACAAGAGCUCCAAACGUUCAUUCAGCAGCUUUCCAUGGAUUUGCAGAAGGCCACUGCUGAGACUCAAGAGAAGGAAAAACUCAUCACCCAUUUGCAGGAGAAGGUCUCAUCCUUGGAGAAGAAACUAGAGCAGAACUUAUCAGGAGAAGAACAUGUGCAGGAACUGCUGAAAGAGAAAACUGUUGCUGAGCAGAAUUUGGAGGCUACCAGACAGCAGCUCAUGGCAGCCAGAAGCAGCCAGGCCAAGGCCAUUGACAUCCUGGAGACUCGGGUGAAAGAACUCGAGCUGAGUUUGCAAGCGUCUGAGGAGAAGCUAAAGCACAGUGAUGAUGUCAUGGCGGCUCAGGAAGCUCAGAUUCAGGAGCUCGCCGCCGCCCGGGAGAGCAGCGCCGCGCCCCUGCAGGCGCCGGCCCUGGAGCGGCAGUGCCCGGAGCGCAUGCGCACGCUCGAGGCGCAGCUCGCGGCCCUGGAGAGAGCCCGGGCGGCCGCGCAGACGGCGGCCGAGCAGGAGGUGAGAGAGCUGGAGCAAGAAAAUGCAGCCCUCAAAGAAAGUAAGAAUGAAUGUGAACGUUCUUUACAACACCACCAACUUGAACUGAAGAAGCUAAAGGAAGAAUGGAGCCAAAGAGAAAUUGUGAGUGUCGCCAUGGCUCAAGCCCUGGACGAAGUGCGGAAGCAGAGGGAAGAGUUCCAGCAACAGGCUGCUAACCUCACAGCUGUCAUAGAUGAGAAGGAGCAGACUCUGCAGGAAAAAACUGAAGUGAUUCUCCAGAAAGAGCAGGAGAUUUUCCAACUGAAGAAAGGUCACGACUCUGCCCUGUCACAGAUGCACCAGCUGCAGAGUGAGCUGGAAUCCCUGCAGAGCCUGAGGGCAGAGGAGUCCGAGGCUGCUGCGAGGGACGAUGUGCUGAGGCUGCCCAGCCCAGAGCAGGGGUUGACGCUCUCAGUGCCUGAGCCUCACGUAACCUCGAGGGCCACACAGGACCCCAUGUACCAGCUUCCAGCGGCAGAGAGAAUCCCAAACGGUGAGGUGGGGGUCAUGGACCUAGGGCAGCUACAGAAGGAGAAACAGGACUUGGAGCAGCAACUUCUGGAGAAAAAUAAGACCAUAAAGCAGAUGCAGCAGAGGAUGCUGGAACUCAAAAAGACUCUCCAGAAGGAACUGAAAAUCAGACCCGACAACGAGCUGUUUGAAGUCCGGGACAAGGCUGGCCCUGAGAUGCCGAACAUGGCCCCUUCUGUCACGAAUAACGCUGACCUGACUGAUGCCCGAGAGAUCAACUUUGAAUACCUGAAACACGUGGUUUUGAAAUUCAUGUCCUGCCGAGAAUCUGAGGCUUUUCACCUUAUAAAAGCUGUGUCAGUGUUGCUGAACUUCUCAGAAGAGGAAGAGAACAUGCUCAAAGAAACCCUGGAGUACAAGAUGUCAUGGUUUGGGUCCAAGCCAGCCCCCAAGGGCAGCAUCCGGCCAUCCAUCUCCAACCCUCGGAUACCGUGGUCCUAGAUGGAAGUGCUGACAGGCGGAGCUCCAUGCGAUGACACUUUUUCUGUGAAAAGAACACUGACACACCAGUCUGGGUGGGUUUUUAAUCACUGUAACUGCAGUAUUUUGUACAAGCGUCAAAACAUUGUUUACAAGACUUAAGGCCCCCUUCCCGACAGACUGAUCUGAACCUCAGGAGGUGGCUGUCCCUGCGUCAUCGUGCUCACCAAAGGGGAGGGUCCUGGCACUGCCCAUAUUUCCGCCGUGCUGCUAAAAAUCCCAGCUCUGGCCGACACCCGUCCGCACCUGAAUCCUCUUAAGUGUCCACGCUAGCGCUUGAAGCUGAAGCCCUCAGCCUCCGGUAGGGAGGAGGCACUGGGUGCACCCCGUAGUGACCACGCUGGAUGGAAAGACAGCCCUUCGACGUGGUGCCCAGCAGGCCAGAGCCUCGUGCCCUGCCACGCAGCCAGCUCACUGGGGUGGGUGUUCAAAUUCCCCUUCCCAGUUAGCUUGUUUGGGUUCAGAUGAGAUAGAAGAGGCUUUUUACCCCUUUCACCUUGUUUCUCAAACCACCCAGAGUUUUAGAUGUGCCCAUCUUUAAGGUACUCUGGGGCCAGUGUGGAUUCAUGAAUAUGCAACUUUCUGACAGUAUCUCACUUUACUGAAGAAAACUAGCAGAUAUAUGAAAAAAGAUCCUUAGUACCAAAUACACUCAAUUGCCUUUUUAAUGAAUGUACUUGUCUUGGAUAGGUUGCUGGUAAACCAUUUUAAACUAUUUUUUAUAGCUAAAGUUCUUCGCUACUAUAAACGUGUAUUAUAAAAUCCAUUUAACUGGUGUUCUUAAAGGCAAAUCAGAGCAUCAAGAGGAAAUUAUUUCUAAGAUUGGGAUGCCUUUCCCUUUUUUAAUUUCACUAGCAUUCUAUGGUCUCUGCUUCCCUCUGAAGCAGUGGUGGUAUUUCAUUUGCUUUGCUCUUAAUUCUGUGUUGUGAACUGAGCAAAUGCUAAUCCCACGUUUGCUCCGGUUAAGGACAGUCUGCUCCAUUCAGGGCGAGCGGCAGUGGUCCCUCCCCCAUCCCUGACCAAAACGUCGGAAGCCGUCUGCCACGUGUGUGGAGCCACCACCUCUCCCCCCACCCCCACCCCCAUGUUUCUCAGAAAUGCCCAGGAGUAAAACAUGUAAAACAUAUCUCACGGGAAAACACGGAUUUGCAGAGUUAAUGUACUACGUUUCCACAGACCUGGGCGUACCAAGCAAGGGCAGCAUCACCGUCACCCCAGCUGGGCUCUCUGCCACCCGAGCCACCCAUUCUCCAGGUGCCUCCCUCCUCACGUGGCUCCUCCCUGCAGAUGGCUUUCCUUUGUUUAGAAUUUCCAUUUAUCUGGUGGGGACACAAGACAGCAAUUCCUUCUGUUCUGUAACUGCGGUGAGUAAGAGGGAGCUUUUCCAGCUGUUCCAGGAGAGUCCCCACAUCGGGUGGCUCAGGGCUUGCCAACCGGUCCGACUCCGCUGAGGCCUCUCCAGCCCUUGAGCUGGUCUCACCCCGCCCUGCCCACAGCCCCCGGCAGCUUCCACUCAGCCUGGACCUGCUUAGGGUGUGUUCCGAGUGGGCUUUCCUCCUGCAUGUCGAAUUUCCUUCAGCUUUAAGAGGAAGAGUGGAGUAAAUAUUCUAAGUGAUUUAAUGCACUUUUACUUGUAUAAAACGUUCUGUGAUAGAGACAGUAUGUAUAGCCCUUUAUAUGAGCAUUGGAUUUGGAUCUCUCUCCGUGUUGUAAAUAGGAAUUGUAUUAUCUAAGACUGCUGUAGAAAAUUCAUUUGUGGUGUCACUUUUUGAUUAAAGCUCUUUAAUCCAGAUGCCACUAA